AUGGCCAACAUCACGAAGAAAGUGUCGUGGUCCAGCCGAGCCGACGAGUCCGGGGCCACCGGGGAGGGGACCCCGCUGCUGAACGGCUCCGAACAGCCCAGACCCUCCAGACAGCUGUCUGAAGGACGCAGUAUAUUUCAGAUAGGCAGACUCAGCACGGUGGAUUUGGAGGAGGAGAUAACGUCAGAUGAGGACUCUCUUAGGGGUCGGCCUAAAGAGAUUCCUCAUAAUGAGAAGCUGCUGUCGCUUAAAUUUGAGAGUCUGGACUAUGAUAAUAUUGAGAACCAGCUGUUUCUGGAGGAGGAAAGGAGGAUGAGCUACAUGGGUUUCCGCUGCCUAGAGAUCAGUCGCUGGGUGGUCUGUGGUCUAAUUGGCUUUCUAACCGGCCUCAUCGCCUGUUUCAUCGACAUUGUCGUGGAGGAACUGGCUGGGAUCAAAUACCAAGUGGUCAAACUGAACAUAGAGAAGUUCACUGAGGCGGGCGGCCUGUCGAUCUCCCUCAUCCUCUGGGCCGUCUUCAACUCCGCCUUUGUCAUGGUCGGGGCUAUCAUAGUUGCAUAUUUUGAGCCCAUAGCAGCAGGAAGUGGUAUUCCUCAGAUAAAAUGCUACCUGAAUGGAAUCAAGAUUCCCAGGGUGGUGCGACUCAAGACACUGGUGGUGAAAGUGUGCGGUGUUAUCUGCUCCGUGGUUGGCGGUCUUGCUGUGGGAAAGGAAGGGCCCAUGAUUCACUCUGGUGCUGUUGUAGCUGCAGGAGUCUCCCAGGGCAGGAGCACCUCUUUAAAGCGAGACUUCAAGAUCUUUGAAUACUUUCGGAGAGACACAGAAAAACGGGACUUUGUGUCUGCUGGAGCUGCUGCCGGAGUCUCAGCUGCUUUUGGAGCACCAGUCGGCGGCGUUCUGUUCUCUCUAGAGGAGGGAGCUUCUUUCUGGAACCAGAUGCUGACGUGGAGGAUAUUCUUUGCCUCUAUGAUCUCGACCUUCACCCUAAACUUCUUCCUCAGUAUCUAUCACAACAAACCAGGAGACCUCUCCAGCCCAGGUCUUAUCAACUUUGGACGCUUUGAGAGUGAUAGUGUGGCGUAUAACCUCUAUGAGAUUCCCUUGUUCAUCAUUAUGGGAGCUAUAGGUGGACUUCUGGGAGCUCUGUUCAACGUUCUCAAUUACUGGCUGACCAUCUUCAGGAUCAGGUAUGUUCAUCGCCCUUGUUUGCAAGUGAUGGAAGCCAUGUUGGUGGCUGCAGUGACCGCAACAGUGUCAUUCACCAUGAUCUACUUCUCUAAUGACUGUCAGCCUCUGGGACCUGAGCACAAUGAGGAGUACCCACUGCAGUUGUUCUGUGCGGAUGGGGAAUAUAACUCCAUGGCAACAGCCUUCUUCAACACUCCUGAGAGAAGUGUUCGUAGUCUCUUCCACAACCAGCCAGGAUCCUACAAUCCUUUGACCCUGGGUUUGUUUACUCUGACCUACUUCUUCCUGGCGUGUUGGACCUACGGCCUGGCAGUGUCUGCUGGAGUCUUCAUCCCCUCUCUGCUAAUAGGAGCAGCCUGGGGAAGACUGUUUGGAAUACUGCUGUCCUCCAUCACCUCCAAUGCCACGAUCUGGGCUGACCCUGGUAAAUAUGCCCUGAUUGGAGCUGCAGCUCAGUUAGGUGGCAUUGUGAGGAUGACUCUCAGCUUGACUGUCAUCAUGGUGGAAGCUACAGGAAAUGUCACGUACGGCCUUCCCAUCAUGCUCGUCCUCAUGACUGCCAAGAUAGUAGGAGACUACUUUGUAGAGGGCCUGUAUGAUGUCCACAUCAAGCUGCAGAGUGUUCCCUUCCUGCACUGGGAGGCUCCUGCCACCUCCCACUGGCUGAACGCCAGAGAGGUGAUGAGUUCUCCGGUCACCUGUUUGAACAGGAUAGAGAAGGUGGGAACCAUCGUGGACGUCCUUAGCAACACAUCUACCAAUCACAACGGCUUCCCAGUUGUUGUGCAGGUUGCUGAUAGCGAUGAGCCAGCGAAGCUCUGCGGCCUCAUCCUUCGCUCUCAGCUCAUUGUUCUUCUCAAGCACAAGGUGUUUGUGGAGUUGGCCCGGUCCCGGCUGAACCAAAGGAAGCUCCAGCUGAAGGACUUCAGGGACGCCUAUCCCCGCUUUCCCCCGAUCCAGAGCAUCCACGUCUCCCAGGACGAGAGGGAGUGUAUGAUGGACCUCACUGAGUUCAUGAACCCAACGCCUUACACUGUACCACAGGAAACGUCUCUGCCUCGUGUGUUUAAGCUGUUCAGAGCGCUGGGACUCAGACACCUGGUGGUAGUGGAUGAUGAGAACAGGGUGAUUGGACUGGUGACCAGGAAAGACUUGGCCAGAUAUCACCUGGGCAAACACGGACUGGAGGAGCUUCAGCUGGCUCAGACAUAGUACACACACACACACACACACACAAGACACACACAUGAACUGUGACCACCCGAUGCCUCAUAAGCUGUUGACUACCAGCUAUGCAGCCUAAAAAACCUAAAUAAAGGGCCAACAAGAAGUCUCCUAUAGUUAUUCUUUGAUGCCAAAAUGGUCACCAUGACAACACAAGAAAACUCCAUCUACAGGCUAGGGUUAUUGACAAAAGGACGCAUUUUAAUGUCGAACUGCUCUUGGCGUAAAAAUCGUAAGACAAAAUAACUGGCCCUAACGCACACAUUUUUUAUUUUACUUUGAAAGGAUUCUUCCAUCCAUAGACUUCCAUUGUUGUUAUCACUGUUUGUUUGAAUGCUGCUGUGCUGAGGCAUCAACACUCUGGUACCUUGUUUACUUUGUUGGUGUAUGGGGUCGAAUAAAGUCAGAAUGACAGGAUCUUUUCAAAAUAAAACAAAACGGCCACUUGAGAGAGGAAAGUCGGGAGAAAAUCAGUUUUAUGUCUGUUAUCCGGUAAAUUGUUUUGUUCACAAACACACCGACGCAUCUGUCUGUUUUUAGUCUUAUUCUGCCUCCUCAACAUCAUGUAAACUGUUAAAUGUUACUUCCCUUAUGAAGUAAUGUCAUUAUAAUGCAGUGAUACAUUAUUAAUCAGUCAUAACAUUGAUUCAUUUAAUUUUUAAAUAAUUCAGAUGUUUUUUUAUGUCUUGCUGUUGAAUUAAGCGAGACAUUUCAAGUGGUGUACUUUGAAAAGCUGAGUGUUCAUGUUCAACAGUCAAUUUGUACUAUCAACAACUUCACUGACAGUUUAAGGUCUUUGGCAAUGUUAAAAACGUUAAUAUUUUUCAUUAUUGUGUAGUUUUGCACUGAGUGAAUGCUGUUAUUUAUUGUUGAAGCUUGUUUUAGUUUUAUGUUUAGAGUUUGGGUUCAUGUAUGGUCAGGAAAAGCUUGGGUUUCACAUAUUCUAUAAUUCACUUUCACAAGUGCAGUUUGAAGAAAGGAGACUUAAUAGGCGCCUGAUUAUUUUUGAAUUGUGUCUCAUUUUGACCACAAGAUGCAAUGUGAGGCAGUUUUAGUAAGAGAGAUCUGUUAUUAUAUGAAGAUACAGAUCCUUCCUUCCCUCUUUCUGUCAGUGUUACGGAGCAUAUAUAUAUUUAUACUACUGUCAGUAAAACUUGGAUUGAUACUCAUUGAUACGGACAUAAUUUUUUCACACCUCCAAAUGUUUGCACUUUGACCUACUACUGAAAAACAAACUCUUUUUGUUGAGAAGUGUCCCUUGUGAAGCUCUAAAUGAAUGUAAACCAUUGUUUACCACAUAUCUUCUGUAUAAACCAAUCAAUUUAUUCCACACAAAACACAGACACUCUGAUUUAUUUUUUGUCAAUUUGUAAAUCUAACAUUUCUUCCAGUAUCUGUGUUGUUUUUCUUUUCUUUGUGCACUUCAUUGCUUUUACUCUCUGAUUUAGUCUCCUUUGUCGUCAUUGUUUUGUUUUACAGUUCUAGAUGUUAAAAUAUAGACUAUGCUCUAUUUUUUUUUCUUAAGACUUUUGUGAAUUAAUAAAGUUGAAAUUUAUCUAUUA